GUGUGGAACAGUUUGGUUCUAGGCUUAAAUUUAUACUCAAAUGUAUUGGGUUUGCUGAAGACAAGACUAGCAUAUAAAUUUUCUUUGUAUGGCAUUGAUUUUGUUUUGCUUGUUUUGGGGGAGUUAUUAAACUUUUAAAAUUAAAUUAUGAAUAAAUGCUUAGACAAGUAAGAAAUGAUCAGUUCUCCCAUGUCCUCUUGUGUUUUUAGGUAACUACAGCUACCCAGUACUGCAGCCAUGGAGUCUAUGCUCAACAAGUUAAAGAGUACUGUUACAAAAGUAACAGCUGAUGUCACUAGUGCUGUUAUGGGCAAUCCCGUCACUAGAGAAUUCGAUGUUGGUCGACACAUUGCCAGUGGUGGCAAUGGGCUAGCUUGGAAGAUCUUUAAUGGCACAAAAAAAUCAACGAAACAGGAAGUGGCUGUUUUUGUCUUUGAUAAAAAACUGAUUGACAAAUAUCAAAAAUUUGAAAAGGAUCAAAUCAUCGAUUCUCUGAAACGAGGAGUCCAGCAGUUAACUCGGCUCCGACACCCCCGGCUUCUCACUGUCCAACACCCUUUAGAAGAAUCAAGGUAAAGCUUUAUAAAAACUCAUAUAGGAGACUUCUUGGAUAAAUAGUUAAAAAUAACUUUAUAGUUCAAUCUGUUUCCAGUGUUACCAGUGAAAAAUUCUUACAAACUGAGUGUUAAAUUUUUAUAA